AUGGUCGGUGUGCGCAAGAAUGGCCUGGAUAUGGACGACAUGUCCCGGUGCCCAAAAGCGGUGGACGCACAGCGUAUAUGCAAUUUACUGGAAAAGAACUGGCGGUACGAGUGCCGCAAAAAGCGACCCAAAUUCUGGAGGGCUCUUUUCUGGACGUUUGGCAAACACUAUAUACUCCCGUUUUGCGUAUUUUUAUUCGAGGAAAGUAUAAUCCGUAUCGCUCAGCCCAUUUUGCUCGGGUAUGUGAUUGACUACUUCAGUGGCGUACCCGCCGUCACCUAUCAGGAGGCGUGCGUGGCUGCGGCGGGAGUGUGCCUGUGCUCAGCCCUGUUUAUUACACUACACCAUCCGAUGCUAGUGUUUAGCCAAGAGGUCGGUAUGCGUAUGCGGAUCGCCAGCUGUGCCCUCAUGUAUAAAAAGUCACUCAAACUGAGCCGGGCAUCGCUUGGCAAGACUACUGUCGGUCAAAUUGUUAACAUUAUGUCCAACGAUGUGAACCGUUUUGACGAGUUUUCCACAUUUGUACACUAUCUGGUAUUAGGACCGGUACAGGCAGUGAUUGUGUCCUACAUUAUGUACACACAUCUUGGUUGGUCAGCGUUUGUUGGCGUCGCUCUGCUCGUACCGUUCAUACCGUUUCAAUUGUUUAUUGGUAAACUGUUCUCGAUGUUUAGACAAAUGACGGCCAAACUAUCGGACAACCGGUUACGGUUAAUGACCGAGAUCAUUUCGGGUAUGCGUGUCAUUAAAAUGUAUGCGUGGGAACAGCCGUUCGCCGAACUCGUGGCCAAUGCUAGAAAGUCAGAGGUGGGCCGCAUCCAGUGGUCAUGUAUGCUAAAAGCUGUCAAUUUGUCCAUGUUUUUUGUCACCUCACGGGUCAUACUAUUCGCCUGUUUUAUAACAUACGUACUGACGGGUAAUGUGUUGACCGCCAAAGCGGUGUUCGUAACGAUGGCUUUGUUUAACACAUUGCGGAUCACAUUAACACUACUUUUCCCAAAUGCCAUCACACAGUGGGCUGAGUCACGGGUUACAUGCGAUCGCAUACAG